AUAUAUUACAGAAAAAUUCUUUUUCUAAAUUUGUAUUGCAUUAUCGGAAUUUCCAUUAGUUUUGUUCUACAGUGUGUGGAUUAAGUUCUUUUUCUAACAGUGUGUGGAUUAAGUACUUUUAAUACUUAAAAUACCUUAUGGGGGAUUGGUCUAAUCAAUUGUUUUCAUUAGGAUUCAAGGUUCGGUUUACAUUGUUUCAGAUAGGUCUGUACCACUGCUCUUAUGAUAUGGGGGUAAAAAGAGAGAAAGAGAAGUCAUUCAUGCCAUGUUCUAAAAUAUUGCAGCAACCUUGUUUCAUUUUGUUAUGUCUGUACAGUUAGUCUCAUUCAAACUGCCUUAUAGCGUAUUCGGAUGAGUGAUGGUAGCAUCUGGAAUCACGUUUGAAAAUGUAGAUAUUUAUUAGAGGUUUUGCAUGUUUGGCUGGUGUACCAGAUAUUCUCGCCUCUUGUUUUCUUUUAUUUCGUCAGUGCUACAACUUUAACUGUGUCUCUUAUCAUAUCAUAUAGCAGUACUACUUGUGUAACUGUUGUCAGCUGAGUCAUUUUACUGAUCUGAACUGAAGGAUUUCAUGUUCAGUUAUUCAGACAUUUUAUCUUAUGCAUUGAAGUUCAAGCUUGCUGAUACACAUAAUUUUUUGAUAUGUGCAGAUUCUAACUGAUGCUGGUCAGUAUGUGAUUCGAUUUGGAGGUUCUGAUCCCAGCUCCAAGAUUGGUCUUGCUAAUGCGAUUCAAGACCUUGAUGUCAGACGUCCACUGACCCUCGCAGAGAGAGCUGUUGCAGUAGCUCUUGCAAUAUCACUAGAUAAUGACUACUUCUCAAGACACGGAGGCUGGUGGUAUGCUAAGAGGUUUCUGCAUCCAGAUAUUGUGGCAUCGUAUGAGUAUAUUUUCAUGUGGGACGAAGAUCUCGGGGUUGAGAAUUUUAAUGCAGAAGAAUACUUAAAACUAGUGAAGAAGCAUGGGUUGGAGAUUUCGCAGCCAACUUUAGAACCUCAAAAAGGGUUGAUUUGGAAUAUGACAAAAAGAAGAAAUGAUAGUGAAGUUCACAAACAAGCACAAGAGAAACCAGGGAAGUGUAAAUAUCCUCUUCUCCCUCCUUGUGCAGCAUUUGUUGAGAUUAUGGCUCCUGUGUUUUCGCGAGACGCGUGGCGUUGUGUGUGGCAUAUGAUUCAGAAUGAAUUUGUACAUGGAUGGGGACUUGAUUUUGCUUUUAGAAAAUGUGUUGAGGGAGAAGCACAAACAGGGAAACCGGCGUGGCGGGCGGUUAAAGAGAGGUGUGGGAUGGAGUGGAGAAUGUUCCAAGGUAGAUUGACAAAUGCAGAAAAAGGAUAUUACAAGUCCAAGGGAAUUGAUUUUUCUAAUUUGCUAGUUCAUAACUAAGGGACAGUAGUUACACUCAACUGUAACUUAGAUUCCUAGAUAGAGGAUUAUGUAUAUUUGUUGUAUGAAUCGUUACUACAUGUGUAUUUUGAGUGGAAUUUUUGAAUCAUAUUUUCUUCAUGGUUGAUGUGGCAGUCUUAAAGUUAUUUAUUCGUGUAGUUUUUGGUGGUUUUCACACCAUGAUGGAUUAAAUACUUUUGAAUUUUUA